GAGUGAGAGACUAAGUGAGAGAGAGAGAGACAGAGAGAGAGAGAGAGAGAGAGAGAGCAAAAGAAAAAGUGGGCAGCCACUCUGGUGCACUCUGGUGGUUCUUGCAGCAGCGUCACCGCUUGCUUGAUCUCCAAACAGUCCAACUGUGGCACUGUGGCUCAUGCAAGAUUCAGCGAAAACACUGCAAACUAAUCCCAGUGGAUGCAUUUAAAAGGACAACGCUGGGUUUUCUUCUCGAAAACAACCUCUUUUUUUUUAAACUUGUUAUAUUUGGACAUUUUUCUUGGAUUCAUGAAAGUGCUGCAACUCCUUGAACUAAUAUUGUUUCUGCUGUGGACAGUUUGGAUACAUCUUUUUGGAGAUCAUGUUCUUCUACAUACAAUCACAUCUUUGGAAACAUGGAGAGCCUCUAUUGCCUUUUGAAUGCCGCCCGACAAGACUCCGGAGGUGUGAAAUGUAAGCUGUGACUGCAAAGUAAAUACAACUAUUAUUUAGUAAGGAAAGCUUCAACAACUUUUUUUGAGCAGAUUUAUGAUGCUUGUAAAAAGUGCAUUUUUUACAGUUCUGUUAACUUUGACAUGAAAAACACCCCUUCACCUUCUUCUGCCUGAACUGAGCUGGUGAAUAAUGGUUGAAAACCUGAACGUUUCAACAUUGCCGAAUGACUCAACAUCCUACCAUGAUCCGGUCGGACCUUGGAGCCUAGUAGUCAUGAUCAUCAUCAUACUGACCACAGUGGUGGGAAAUCUGCUGGUCAUCAUUGCUGUAGCACGUACUUCGCAGCUACAGACGACAACGAACAUCUUCAUUAUGUCCCUGGCAUGUGCAGACCUCAUCAUGGGGGUCUUUGUGGUGCCUCUGGGGGCCACACUUGUGGUGACGGGUGACUGGAGGUUCAGCGACACGUUUUGUGACUUCUGGACUUCUGUGGAUGUCCUGUGUGUGACGGCGAGCAUUGAAACACUGUGUGUCAUAGCAGUUGAUCGGUAUAUAGCCAUUACGAGGCCGCUCCGUUACAAGGUUCUACUCAAUAAGUGCCGCGCCAGGUUAAUAGUUUGUUUAGUGUGGGUUGUGUCUGCCUUAAUUUCCUUUGUGCCAAUUAUGAAUGGGUAUUAUCAAGCAGAAGAUAAAGAAGCACAGGACUGCUACAAUGACACUAGAUGCUGUGACUUUGUGACCAACUGGGAAUUUGCCCUUAUAUCAUCUACAGUGUCUUUUUAUAUUCCACUGCUCAUAAUGAUUUUUGUGUAUGCAAAAGUUUUUCUAAUAGCGACACGACAAGUCCAGAUGAUAGAUAAGAAUCGCAUGCGUUUCCAGAAUGACUGUGCAACAGCACAGAUCCAAGUUAUCCCCAACAUCAACAAUAUCCUACCAUCUGCGUCUGCGGGCUCCAGUGGCAACAACAGCAACAGUGCAGUGAAGAGAAAGAGUGCCAAGCGAAGGCCGUCACGGCUAAUACUGGUCAAAGAGCACAAGGCCCUCAAGACUUUGGGUAUCAUCAUGGGGACCUUCACUGCGUGCUGGCUGCCAUUCUUUGUCACCAACAUCAUCAAAUCUUUCAACAGAGAGAUUCCCCCUGAGAGGAUCUUCCUACUGUUAAACUGGCUGGGUUACAUCAACUCGGGCCUCAAUCCCAUCAUCUACUGCAGGAGUCCAGAGUUUCGCACUGGGUUCAAGAACCUGCUGGGCUGCCCGUGGCUGUCCACCCUGCAGCUCAAUACUUUCUAUAAAGAGCUGCGGACUCGUUGCUCCUGCUUUCUAUGGCAAGCUGAGUCAAGCACGGCUGGCUCUUUCCAAAAGUCUCCUACCAGUAGGACCGAGGGCAACGAGAGCCUGGCCAGUUCACAGGGAAGCAGCAAAAGUGAGGAGGUUUCCCCCACUCCCCAACAGUCCAACGGCAGCACUCAGUUCAGUGACUUAUCAGAACCAGAAACCAAAUUCUUCACUGUGCAGGAAUAGGACGGACGAACUGUAAAAUGUCAAGCUACUGAAGGGAACUAUGUUCUCCAGAUGUUACUGUGAUUCCUGCAGAGGCUGAGACCAAACAGCAGUGAGGAGAAGCUAAGGAAGAGUACAACGACCGGCUCUGACAAAUGUAGCCAAACCCAAUGAAGUGACUGGAUUGACUGUAUGGAAACAGACAGUGACUGUUGCAACUCAGCACUUCACAGACAUUAGCUGACACCAAAGUUGAACUUCCCAGUGUCACCUAAAUACUGUUUGCAAAAGACUCUCUGUUCCUGAAUAGCUGCAAGUUUUAAAUGCAUUCCAGUAAACUUUUGGACACAGUGUAUGUGGCCUGUGGUUUCAAAAAUGACAACGUAAACACAUUUUGUACAGUAUAUUAUCUGAUAAGUUAUAUAUUUAUGAUACACUGAAUCUGGAGGAAAAUACAAAAGUUGUCUAACUUGAUGUAAGGUCACAAUUUUGGCAAGGCUGUCUUUACUGUCCAGUAAAGAAACAUUCAUUUUCAUCACACAAACUGUUCAGUGUAAUAUCAGCUAAACCAAAAGGGCUGCGCAUUCAAAUACUCAAAUCUGGUGUCUGUUUUCAGUCUUAAUCUUUCUGUUUUGAGCCUGUAUCCGCACAAUAGUUAUAUUGCUUAAAUCCCCUAUUCUAUAUUAAGUUAUACCAUGGCUAUGGAAAAUGGCUGUUAUAUCAGGACAUCGCAAACAAAACUCAUUACAGUUUAAGCAUCAGUGUAAGUCAUUGUGCAAGGUACAGUAUUAUAAACUGCAGGUUAACGUAGCAAAAUACGUCCGCUACAUGCUGUGUAGCCAGCAAACUCCCUACCCUUUUUUUCCCUUUGGUAAGUGGUCAUGGUAUAAGCUCAAUAACUCACUCUGAAAUGUCCAAAUAUAGAAGAAUAAUGGACUUGACAUGGUCAGCCAUUAUUUUGUUGUACUAGGACACCUUGUUGUGCGUUAUUAAUUACAUAACAUCAUCUGUUGCAUUGAGAAAUAAAAUGUUAUUAAACUGUG